AGGUACUGUCCACCAUCAAGUCUUACUUGUAGUUCCACUGGACAACCGUGAUUAGAAAAGCUCCUGAGACAAAAUUCCAAGAAAAUCUGAUAUAAAUGAGCAACAAUUCAACAUGUAUUCAGCCAUCCAGGAUCUCUUCCCUGGCUUUGCCGAUCAUUUACACCUUCCUCUGCAUCAUUGGUCUCUUUGGAAAUUCUCUCUCUCAAUGGCUAUUUUUAACAAAGAUAGGCAAGAAAACAUCAACGCACAUCUACCUAGCACAUCUUGUGACUGCAAACUUACUUGUGUGCAGUGCUAUGCCUUUCAUGGGUAUCUAUUUCCUAAAAGGUUCUCAAUGGGAGUAUCGAUCUGCACAAUGCACAGUGGUCAAUUUUUUGGGAACUCUAUCCAUGCAUGUAAGUAUGUUCGUUAGCCUCUUAAUUUUAAGUUGGAUUGCCAUAAGCCGCUAUGCUACCUUAAUGAAAAAGGACUCAGUACAAGAGACCACUUCAUGCUAUGAGAAAGUAUUUUAUGGCCAUUUACUGAAAAAAUUUCGCCAGCCCAACUUUGCUAGAAAACUGUGUGUUUACAUAUGGGGAGUUGUACUAGGCAUAAUUAUGCCAGUUAUCAUAUACUACUCAGUUGUAGAGGCUACAGAAGGAGAGGAGAAUGUGUGCUAUAACCGGCAGACGGAACUAGGAGCCAUGAUCUCGCAGACCGCGGGCCUCAUUGGAACCACAUUUAUGGGAUUUUCCUUUUUAGUCGUACUAACAUCAUAUUACUCUUUUGUCAGCCAUCUGAGAAAAAUAAGGACCUGUACAUCCAUUAUGGAGAAAGAUCUGACUUACAGUUCUGUGAAAAGGCACCUUUUGGUCAUCCAGAUUCUACUAAUAGUUUGCUUCCUUCCAUACAGCAUUUUUAAACCCAUUUUUUAUGUUCUACACCAAAAUGAGAACUGUCAGCGACUGAAUUAUUUAAUUGAAAUUAAAAAUGUCCUCACCUGUCUUGCAUCAGCUAGAAGUAGCACAGACCCCAUUAUAUUUCUUUUUUUAGAUAAAACGUUCAAAAAGACACUAUAUAAUCUCUUUACAAAAUCGGAAUCCCCACAUAUACAAGCCUAUAGUUGACUUCUGAACAGAAAACACCACCAAACAGAAAAGUGUUUAUAUGGCUACUAGGGAUAUUGAACUACAUGAUCAACAGGUCACAGCUUGCUUGAAAGCAGGCAGUAGGAAAACCUCUUCGGUUUUAGAAAUAAUCAUAAAAUUCAUUUUACAGCUCUACUAAUACUGCAAGUUGAGAUGGCAGAGCCUCUCAGAGGCAAAAGUCAAACAUAUUAAAAGGAUCUCACUGCAUAUGAAAGCAAAAGACCAUCUUCUCUUU